AUGCAUCAUGCUCAAUUUAUGAUUAUAAGAACCAUUCAUGCUUACAACGCACAGUCCCACUACAACGAGCCAGUCCAACUACACACCAGCCAAUACAACUACAGACCAGCCAGUCCCACUACACACAAGUCAGUCCAACUACACACCAGCAAGUCCAACUACACACAAGCCAGUUCAACUACACACCAGCCAGUCCCACUACACACCAGCCAGUCCCACUACACACCAGUAAGUCAAACUACAGACCAGCCCGUCCAACUACACACCAGCCAGUUCCUCUACACACCAGCCAGUCCAACUACANACCAGCCAGUCCCACUACACACCAGCCAAUCCAACUACACACCAGCCAGUUCCACUACACACCAGCCAGUCCCACUACAAACCAGCCAGUCCCACUACACACCAGCCAGUCCAACUACACACCAGCCAGUUCAACUACACACCAGUCAGUCCAACUACACACCAGCCAGUUCCUCUACACACCAGCCAGUCCAACUACACACCAGCCAGUCCAACUACACACUAGUCAUUCCCACUACACACCAGCCAGUCCCACUACACACCAGCCAGUCCCACUACACACCAGUAAGUCCAACUACACACCAGCCAGUUCCUCUACACACCAGCCAGUCCCACUACACACCAGCCAGUCCAACUACACACCAGCCAGUCCCACUACACACCAGCCAGUCCCACUACACACCAGCCAGUCCCACUACUGCACACCAGCCAGUCCAACUACAGACCAGCCAGUCCCACUACACACCAGCCAGUCCAACUACACACCAGCCAGUCCCACUACACACCAGCCAGUCAAACUACAGACCAGCCAUUCCCACUACACACCAGCCAGUCCAACUACACACCAGCCAGUCCCACUACACACCAGCCAGUCCCACUACACACCAGCCAGUCCCACUACACACCACACCAGCAAGUCAAACUACAGACCAGCCAUUCCCACUACACACCAGCCAGUCCAACUACAGACCAGCCAGUCCAACUACACACCAGCCAGUCCAACUACACACCAGCAAGUCCAACUACACACCAGCCAGACCAACUACAGAACUAGGCACACAAAAGGAGUAG